ACUUUAUAUUUAAUUUUUCUACCUGUUUUUUAGUCGAACACACAUUUGAGGUUGAUGUUUGCAUAUUUUACAACUAACAAUCCAAGCAUCGGAAUAACCAUAAAAAAUAUUUUUGUUAACUGAAUGUCAAAAAAACAUUAUACAAAAGAAAAAAAAAUACAAAAAAGAGUGAGGAAAGACUACCGUAAAUGUUUCAGAAGUCUAUUUUACAGAUUGUUGUGAAAUAAGAAUACUCUGAAAUGAAUUACUAGGAAAAAUACACAAGGGUUUUGUAUUCAACAUGAUUUUCUACUGUUUAUUAUUUUUUACUGAUAUAUGUGUAUGUCUCUCUUUUUGUGCUUUUGUGACUAAUAAAUAGUUCCUAACAAAAGACUGAGCAAAUGUCACUAACUUAAGCAUGCAAUAUGAUCACAAACCUGACUUAGAUUGUGAAUAAAUAUAAGGACAUGAAAUCUUGGUGAGUUUAAAUUACUGCUACAUUAUAAUUGUACUUGUUGCUUUAGGGUGAUUAUAAUUUAUAAUUUUUCUUAGUAGAAGCUACAAGACAAACAGUUACUUGUCUUUCUCUAUUUUAAGUUCUUUCAUACUCAAGAUGGCACCAACUAUCAGCUCUAACUUGCUUUUGCAUGGCAUGAAAUCACAAUGAUAGCACUGCUAUGUAAAAAAGGUUUGCCUAGAGUAUCAGUUAAACAGUGUUGCUCUGGACAGCAGUCAUUAUUCAAGUCUCAUUUCAUCUCACCUUCACAAAAAAAAAAAAAAAAAAAAAAAAUAUAGCCUAAUAUAGACCUAUAGCUAAAUAUAACUAGGCCUACUUCCAUUUUACAAGUUACUGUACCGACUUCUAGUUUCAUCCCAACUUCUUGUAAGUCACAACACACAGUGAGCAACAAAACCAGCGGGUAGAAAUGAACAGUGGACCUAUAAUCGGCUACAUGACCUCAUACAAUUUUAGAAAUAUUAUUAAACAUCAAAUUAUUAUUAUUAUUAUUAUUAUUAUUAUUGUUAAAAUAGAUCACCCUUUAUGUGAUAUGUUACAGAUCUGGACAGAAUAGGCCUAUCUCUCAUUCAAAGAAAAGUUUAAAAAUGAUCAUUGUGGGAAAACGUACAGGCAUAUUUGAAUCGAAUCCAGAUCAGUCCAACGCCAACUGUCUGUCACUAUUCCACUUACUUUAUGGCUAUUUAAAUAGAGAGACGGAUGAAUCUAAACCAUCAACUUUGUACACAAGCAUGGCUAAAUAUUAAGCUUCGUUUGUAGGCGCUUUGUAAAUCAGGCGCUGUUCUCUAUAACGCAAGUCCUUCAGAAAACUCGCAGCGAUAAUCUCUGAAUUCUAUACUCAAACACGCCAUCGUCGAAGUAACUUACAUUUUACGGACCAUCGACCGUCUCUGACUUUGCGCAACACUUAAGUCCCUUCCUCAAUGAAUCAGUGUUUUUGAACAAGCUGAUUCGUUGACUCACUCAUAAUAAACAAAAAGUCACUUGACGACACCUACUGGCGUAAUGAUGUCACCACUGACUGAAAAAUCCCACCCAAUACCUUUCUGUUUGACAUGAAAUUAUUAUACAAUAACAUGGACUGUUGUAAUGGUAAAUUUGGAAUUUUCCUCCAUAAAAAUUAUAUACUAUAACAACAACAACAAUAAUAAUAAUUUUAUAGAAAAAUACAUAUAUGUUGGAUAUAUGUUUCUAUAUAUCCAAAAUCUUCUGACCAACACUUUCCCAUGCAAUGUGCUAAUGAGUAUGAUUUUCAUUUUUUUAUAUCUCCAUUGUCUUACAUGCAACUGCACGUGAAAAGAAAAUGCGUGCUACAUUUUGUCAUUCACAUGUCCUGUUUGAUUAAUCUUGACCUUGCACAAAGUCUCAUGAGAACUCUCCCCCACUGCACAGUUGGUAUUCACAAAAAAAAAAUCUAAAUCAAAACAAAACCAGUCAGCGGAUGAAAUCUGUCCAGCACAAAAGGCCUGAAAGGAAGACACUCCCUUCCACAAAUGCCAUAGACUCGGGCUUUCACACAAUGCUCCUUUUCAGCAUUAGCAUUCCAGAAAGUGUCUACAGCAAAAACUUUUCAUGAAGAAACUGUAAUUUGGAAAGAAGAACAGAGAAACAGGUGUAACACAGCUGGAAUAGACGGUUGCAUGAAAGCUACUCUUGAAAUCAUCAUGGAGACAAAUCACUGUUUUCUCCACGUGUUCCUCUGCAUUUCUUUGAUCUUGACACACUGGCACAAUAGUUCAGCUUGCCACACAGGCUCUCAGAUAGAAUGUGAGAAAGCCCCAUUUGUGCCUGGUUACAACCUGGUGGGCGAAGGCUUUGAUGUUGUCAGGAUGCACCGUAAAGGUGCCUUUUUGAUUGAUGUCAAGUCACACAUGAAUAAUGACACUUGUACCAUUUGCAAGAACCGCUUUCAGAGAGGGCAGAUGCAGAAACUUCCUUCAGCCGUGCGGGAUUGGCGUCCAUUCAGCCGCUGCAGCAAACAGCUUUCUAGUGCUCUUCAUCAUUCUGUUGACUCCCUAAUGAAGAGUUCAACAUCACUCAUCAAUAACAACUGGGAAAUAGACCUUAGCCUGGAUGACAUCGGAAAGGCAAUUAUUGGAGGGAGCCGUUCAGAUAUUGCCAAAUUUGCCCAAUCUCAGAAUGCAAUGGAUAAGGCAACAUUUGCCCUCAAUGAAAUCAGCUGCACAUAUUACAGUUUCAGAGUUACAGACCACCCAGAGCUCAGCACUGAAUUCUCAAAACAUCUCCAGCGACUUCCAACACAAUAUGAUGUCAAAACAAAAGCCCUGUACCAAAGGACUAUAGAUACUUACGGCACUCACUACAUACGACAAGUUCAUCUGGGAGGGCGAGUGAGGCGGGUCACGGCUUUUCGAACUUGUCUUGCAACCCUGAAGGGCUUCUCAGAGACUGAUAUCAAGAACUGCCUAAACAUUGAGUUAAAGAUGACUCUGGGGUUCCUGCCAGCUAAUGUCUCGCUUUCCAACAAAUGCUCUCAAAUUCUUAAAGAUAACAUGAACAUGGGAUUCCACCAGGGCUUCAUGACACACAAGACAGAGGUACUGGGAGGUGAGAAAUACUUUCCAGACCUUGUUUUAAACCAAAGCCCAGCUGAAGCAUACUCAAACUGGAUGAUGAGCUUGCAUGACAAUCCUGAAGUCAUAUCAUAUGCAAUUCUCCCUCUUCAUCAUCUGGUGGCUGAUCCUGAGGUUAGUGGCAAUCUAAAAACAGCAGUUACAGAGUAUAUUGAAGAAAACAUGCUUUCUGUAGAUCACAAGGAGAGUCAAGGAUGCUCACAAACACCAAAUCUAGACUACAACUGCUGUCCUAUGCAAGCCGGCCGUGGCAAGUUAGUAGUGACGGUGGAGAGAGCAGCAGGCCUGAAAGCAGAUCUCUUCACAUGUACUGACGGUUAUGUGAAAGUCUGGUACAACCUCAUGUAUGAGGAGACUGAGGUGAUUAUGGACAAUAAUGAUCCCGAAUGGAACAUCAGCUAUGAUUUAGGAUCAAUUGAGUUUGGUCAUGAACUCAUAUUUGAGGUUUGGGACAGUGAUGUCAUUUAUAAUGACUUUGUGGGGAUAUGUGUGGUCAGACCUGAACGUGGAUCUCAUUCACACAGCUGUAAAUUAAAGAGAGGCAUCCUGUAUUUCACCUACAAUGCUUCUUGUGAUGCUCAUCUGACUGGACCCAGGUGUAGCAGAUAUUCACCAAAAGCAUAAGACCUUGUAUUUGUAGAGAACAAUUUCUACAAAAAGAAUAUAAAGAAUAUUUAUAAUAAAGAAUAUUUCUGCAUAUUGCUUUUUAGAUAAUUAAAGUUGAGACAUCAUAUCAUGAACACAGAUGAAUAGAAAAAAUAAUUGCUAAUAAAAAAAAAUAAUUACAUUAUUUUGUAAAAUAUUUCCAGUAAUUGUAGUGUUCAAAUGUAACUUCACAUUUUGAUAUUUCUUCUUUAUUAUUAUUAUUAUUAUUUUUAUAAUUUCUGUUUAGAUUAAGAUUAAGUCUAAUAGAUUUCAGAAGAUUUGUUACCUUCUUUUGUUCUGCUACUGCAGAAAAUAGUUUUGCUUUCGGUGGUCUUAUUCCUGUGCUUGAUUGUGGUUAUGUAUUGCAAAGUGAAAAGAUCUUUUCAUGUUCUGCAACAGAUCAUUCAUUAAAACAAAACUGUCUACUGGUUCA